AGCGCUUAUUCUACUGAGCCAUCUCCCUGGCCCCAGGAUCAGUUUUAAAAUUUUUGCCUAUAACGGUUAAUUUUAUAUGUCAACUUGAUUGUGCUUAGGGAUCCCCAGAUGGCUAGCAAAACAUUUCUGUGUGUACCUGGGAUAAUGGUUGGAGAUGAAAUUAGCAUUUAAAUUGGUACCCUGAAUAAAGCUGGUGGGUGUCAGCCAAAACAUCAAAGGUCCAGUUAAAAAUGAAGAUAAUGAAGAUACAUUGUGGGAAAAGAGUUUCUUAAACUUGGGAGAUCCACCCAUCCUCUGCCCUUAGACAUUGGAGCUCCCGGUUCUCAGGUCUUUGCACCUACAUCAGCUCUACCCCUAUUACCACCCCAGUUCUGAGGUCUUCAGACUUGGAUUUAAUUACAACAUUGGCUUUUGUAAUUUUCCAGGUCACAGGCAGUGUGUUGUGGAAUUUGUUGACCUCCAUAAUCAUGUGAGCUAAUUCCCUUAAUAAAAAAAAAUCUUUUUGAAAGCAUUUUUGUACACCUUGUUAAUUCUGCUUAUUUAGAGGAACCUAGCAUAUUGCUUAAAAGCCUUACCAGGUCUUUAUCCCAAACCCUCAUUUCCAACCCACACAGGAAGAGACUAAGAUGCCAAGAUGUCAUCAUAGAAAGUGACCCUCCAGCUUGCCAGAGUUGACUUUGUCUUACGGAGUUUGUCCCGAGCCAAAGGAACCAGGAAUUUCUUCUGAGGUUUUAGCCCAUUUCCUCGCCCUCCUCCUGCCCACAUUUAUGUCCUGAACAUCAUCCUUCCCCAAACUCUAGAAGUCUGCCUAGAAAGAUCUAGAAAGGCUGUCUUCCCUGUGACAUCAUAAGAGGCAGUUGCCAUAGGAGCCCUCUAGUCCCACCCCUAGGCAGGGGAGAGAAAGGCCGCACAGCACACAAGGCCUGGCCACUCCUCCCCCAGCACACUGGCCCUCCAUGGAAGCCUUGGUCUGUGCGUUCUCUGAGCUGCACAUAAGAGAAGGUGCCAGGCCACAGGAAAGAGUGGCAGAAGAAAUGCCCUCCUUUCCCAGCAUGGGCCCAAACCCACUGGGUGGUCUUCAGGGACAUGCAUGGGUUGGAAGAAGGGAAUGGCCACUGAUCCAGGUCCUAUGACCCUGGGCUGGUCACAUCCUUUGGUGCCCACUGUGCAACUUCUAUCCCUUUACUUGGAUAUUCUUUCUAGGGUCAGGGGCACCAAGGGGCUUGACACAAGAGGCUUGAAGUACUAAAAGGCAUCUCAGUGUUUAUUCUAGACCUCUUAGGUGUCCCUGUUGGUUGGUAGAGUAAAGAGGGUGGGAGUAGGGCAGAGGCAGGAAAUCAAGCCCAUUUUACAGACAAAUAAGCUGAGGCUGGGUAGGGUGAUAAAGCCCACUACAGAAGCUGGUCUCAGAGGCAGGAAUCUGCUUUCUCCUCUCAUGAACACUAGGCUGGCUGGCUGCUACCUUCCUACUUUUCCCCCUGCAGAUGCAGUGAGCUGGGCUGGAGGACAUCCCAGCCACCCCAACAUACCACCCAACAUCUACGAGGGGGGGCUGGGGACCCAGCAGGAGCAGUGCCUCGGUGUCCAGGGAAGCAAGCCCAAGAACUUCCGGUUGCGCCACCUUCGGAGCCUGGCUCUCUACCUGCCAGGCCACAUGCAGCCCACGGGGCAGGCUGAGAGCCCCUUGCAGAGUCAGCUCCUGGUGGGAGACUGCCUGCCACAGCCUGAGGACACAGCUUGGUCCCUGGACCUACCAUACGGGACUCUGGGUCCAGGUAACAGCCCCUGCUCAGCCUUUCUGGAAGCCCAACUGCCCAGGGACAGCCUGGGAAAUACAGCUUCCAGUUCCAGCAUGAACCCAGCAAAGGGUUCUGCCUCCCAGCCUGAGUCUCAUGAGGGCUUGGGGUUCCGACCCAAGAGGUCCUGGAGGACCCUGGAGGAGGCCAUGUGUCCCUUGUGUAAGAGAACCCGCUCUGGAGCCUUGGAGAGGUCAUAGGGAUCCCAGUGCCAGGGCUGAAGACAGUGGGGCAAGGAUGGCUGAGGAGGAGGUGGCAGCACAUCCACAGAGGAAGGACUCAGCCCCAGCAGUAACCCUCCCCAUUGGAUGGCCCCUGCCCUCUGCAGCUGCCCAGCUCCAGACCUGGGCCAGCCUCAAAAAAGAGCAGAGAGGGACAAGUCCUGAGGGAGGAAUGGAAGAAAUGGAAGCAUGGCCCUGUCCUUGCAGCCUGCCCCAAAUCCAGUCAGUCCCUUGUACCAGGGAGGCGAGGCCAAGUGCAGAAUCAGGUUCCUGAGAGGCUGGGAAGCCUUCAGGUCUAAUCACAUUAAAAAAA